AAUGGCACUUCCACUGCCGUGAAGAGAGGAGGAUGAAAGCGCGCGUCGCAUUCUUCUUGGCAAGUUCGUUCUUUACUUGCGCGCUCUGCGAUAACUCAUUGAAAGUCAUCAAGGAAAACAAGAGCUGCGCUCCAGGAUGUACCGACCGUGGCAACUGUAAUGGAGAAACGGGAGAAUGCAUGUGCCCCUGGGGCUACGAGGGUCCGGCCUGUGAGGUGGACCGCAUGGCCGCGUGCCGCGUGUCCACGGAGGACCCGGGCUCCUGCUCCAACCUGUACACGCGCAACUGCGAGUGCUACCGCGCCUGCGCCCGCCUGUAUUGCCACGACCCCAACAAGGCCGACCGCUGCACGCACGAGCUGGGAGCCGACAUGACCCGGAACAGGUGUUGGCUGCGUUCGGACUGGCAGGGCGGCAGCACGGGCCCAGCCGGCAGCGAGCUCCCCGAGGACUGGAGCCGCGGCGGCACCACCUGGUACAAACACUUCGCGCCGCAGGAGACGCGGGCCUCCUACGACUCCGAUCCGGGCCUCCUAGAGGACAAGGCGCUGUGGGGCAGCAGCAACUGGCGCGGCAAUCACUCGGUGCUCCCGCCCGCCGCCUGCCCGGGCCGCUGCAGCGGCCGCGGCGUGUGCUUCCGAUGGGAGCAUGAACAGUACCCGCGCUGCAUAUGCGCCAAGGGCUACAACGGCACAGAGUGCGCGGGGGUGGACAGCAGUGAGGCCUGCUGGUUCAGUCCGGACUGCGGCGGCCGCGGCGCCUGCAAGGGCGGCUUCUGCCACUGCCGGCCGGGCUUCUGGGGCGCCGGCUGCCACCGCGGCCAGGGCUACCUCGUGCAGCGGUCCGCCCCGCCCGCGUCCGCCACACAGCCGCCCGUGUGGCCCGACCUCAGGUCGCCCACCAAGCUCAAGAUCUACAUGUACGACCUGCCCUGGGACGUGGCCUUCCCCGGCGCCUACAACGACGGCUUCUUCGGCCGCGACCCCAUGUACUCGGCCUACGAGCUGUUCAUGAGGUACUUCCUGCAGGACAACGUCACACGCACAGAGAACCCCUGGGAGGCCAACCUGUUCUACGUGCCGAUGCUGCUGUACUUCUACAUCGGCAAUGUGCGCGACGCCGUGCCGCAGACCGCCUGGGCCAUAAACCACGUCCGCAGCCGGUGGCCCUUCUGGGACCGGUCAGGCGGCCGCGACCACUUCUACUUCAUGACGGGCGACCGAGGCACCUGCCACCUGCCCCGGGAGCUGCAGGACCAGGCCAUCAAGGUGGUGCACUGGGGCAUGCAGGUCGCCGGCACCGACUGGAUUGGGCUGGACAACAAGGACUACGCCUGCAUACAGCUGAAGCGCGACUUGGUGGUCCCGCCCAUCAACAUGUUCGCCGAGAUCCUGCCCACCGACACCGUCAAGCACUACCAGACGGUGGUGGCCAACGGCGGACAGGACUUCGGCCGCACGCUGCUGUUCUUCUUCGCGGGCGGCAUAGCCCAGUCCAUGGAGUACAGCGGCGGGACAAGACAGGCCAUCAAGGAGCUGCUGACGUCGGUGCACAUAGCCAACGGCAACUCCACCCCGGCCGACGUAGUCUUUGUGGAGGGGCGCACCCAGGAAUACAAGAAGCUGCUGCUCACAUCCAAGUUCUGCAUCGCGCCGUACGGCUUCGGCUGGGGGCUUCGGCUGGUGCAGGCGAUUGAGUUCGGCUGUAUCCCAGUCAUCAUCCAGGACCACGUCUACCAGGCCUUCGAGGACUUCCUGCCCUAUGAGGAGUUCAGUGUACGGCUGCCGCUGCGCGACGUGCCGCGGCUGCUGGACAUCCUGCGCAGCUACAGCCCGGAGCAGCAGGCGGCGCUGCGGCUGGGCAUGGCCAAGUACUACCGCGCCUUCGUGUGGCACCGGGAGUUUGGCGGCGAGGCGUACGAGUGGACCCUGGCGGGGCUGCAGCGGCGGCUGGACACCCUGCAGGCGCAGCUGUUCAGGCGCCGGAGGCACAGCAGCAGCAGGAGGAGUCGGAGGAGCUUGAUGACCUGGCACCGCCCAGGGCGGCAGAGAGCGGGCUAGGCAGGCCCGGUGUGUGUGUGUGUGUGUGUGUGUGUGUGUGUGUGUGUGUGUGUGUGUGUGUGUGUGUGUGUGUGCCUGUGUGGUGGGUUAUAGCGGCUGAAUGAAACCUAGCCGGUAUGUUGCUGACGGCAAGUGGCAGUGAUGGUGCUUGAUAUUAAUGAUCCCGGAAAGGAAAGCGGGACGCGGGGGUUCGUCGAGGCAGGUGAAUAGCGGGGCUGUGAGGAGGCCCCGAGCAGCCGAGCUGUGUGCAGGACUGAAUGCUUUAUACGGCUGUGAUUAUGACUACUGCCUGUGUACCGUAUGUCGUGGGUGGUGUGUGCUGAAGGCAUGGCCGAGGCGGUAGUGUGCAGGUCAAGGGUCCAUGGUGGGGGGGUUGUGAAGCAACAACGAGUUAAACUGCUGAGGCUUUGCUCGACACAUAUUAACCAGCAGGGUGCGUGAGAUUCCACACGUGUCAG